CCUUCAGCUGACAGGUGGUGUGUGGCUUUGAGGGGAGGGAGUAAUGACUACAUUCAUGCAGUUUUUGCUAGUGGCUACAAGCAAAAGAGAGCAUUCAUCAUAGCUCAGAGCCCCAUGGUGUCCACAGCCAGAGAUUUCUGGAAGAUGGUCCAUGAAAGGAAGUGUGGAGUCAUUGUUAUGCUCUGU